GCCAAGGCGACUGCAGUAGCUCCGAAAAAAAAAAAAAAGAAAAACAAGCGAGCAGAAGCAGAGGAGACAAGACGGUCCACAGUUUACCUCCACAUCACAAGAUCACGUUUUUGGAUCAGGAAACCUCGCGCUCUGUCGGGUUGUAUUAACGUCGGAGACGGUUGAGGAUAUAAAUUAAGAGGGGUACAAAAGGAUGCGGCAAAUUUGAGUGGUGACGGAUCUCCACACACUCCACUUUUCUCAUCUCUGGAGAAAUUCAAGUUGGAGGGGGGGGAGCAGAGUCCUGCAUUCCCCUCCUCAUAAUCUGAGUCUCUUUGGGAAAGAAUCAACGGCCUAUACCUGGAUAAAGCGGUCCAUCCUCUGUCAUAACACCUGGCUCAGCACAGCUCAUCUUUCGCCCGAGGAUCCCAAAGUCUGCAGGAUACUCACUUUUGACCUGCUGGUCCCCCACCAGGCCCCGUCCUAACUCCCUCCCCCUUCCCCGCCACCAUGGUGCUGUCACAACGGCAACGAGACGAACUAAAUCGAGCAAUAGCCGAUUAUCUACGAUCCAAUGGAUAUGAAGAGGCAUAUUCCACUUUCAAGAAGGAAGCGGAAUUAGAUAAUAAUGAAGAACUGGAUAAGAAGUAUGCAGGCCUCUUGGAAAAAAAGUGGACCUCAGUCAUCAGAUUACAAAAGAAGGUGAUGGAGCUUGAAUCAAAACUGAAUGAAGCUAAAGAAGAAAUCGCCCUGGGCGGACCCGUCAGUCAGAAGCGUGACCCCAAAGAGUGGAUCCCCCGUCCCCCUGAAAGAUAUGCGCUGAGCGGCCACCGCAAUCCCGUCACCCGUGUCAUCUUCCACCCGGUCUUCAGCGUCAUGGUGUCGGCCUCUGAGGAUGCAACAAUAAAGGUGUGGGACUAUGAGACAGGAGACUUUGAACGCACACUGAAAGGCCACACAGAUUCAGUGCAGGACAUCUCGUUUGACCAGACUGGCAAGCUGCUGGCAUCCUGCUCUGCAGAUAUGACCAUCAAACUGUGGGACUUCCAAGGCUUUGAGUGCAUCAGGACCAUGCAUGGCCAUGACCACAAUGUUUCAUCUGUAGCCAUCAUGCCCAAUGGAGAUCACAUUGUUUCUGCCUCGAGGGACAAAACCAUUAAAAUGUGGGAGGUGGCAACUGGCUACUGUGUGAAGACCUUUACGGGCCACAGGGAGUGGGUUCGUAUGGUGCGCCCCAACCAGGACGGCACGCUGAUCGCCAGCUGCUCCAACGACCAGACCGUCCGUGUGUGGGUCGUGGCCAACAAAGAAUGCAAGGCCGAGCUGCGGGAGCACGAACACGUGGUGGAGUGCAUCUCAUGGGCUCCAGAGAGCGCACAUCCCACCAUCCUAGACGCCACAGGCUCCGAGUCCAAGAAGAGUGGGAAGCCCGGGCCCUUCCUGCUGUCUGGCUCCAGGGACAAAACCAUAAAGAUGUGGGAUGUAAGCACUGGGAUGUGCCUUAUGACACUGGUUGGACAUGAUAACUGGGUGCGCGGCAUCCUCUUCCAUCCCGGAGGCAAGUUUAUUGUGAGCUGUGCUGAUGAUAAGACCUUAAGGAUCUGGGACUACAAGAACAAGCGCUGCAUGAAGACCCUGAGUGCCCACGAACACUUUGUUACCUCUCUGGAUUUCCACAAGGCUGCUCCCUUCGUGGUCACUGGCAGCGUAGAUCAAACAGUAAAAGUCUGGGAGUGUCGUUGAUUUGGACCUGGGAGGACUGGACCACACCCCUCCCCAAUCCCCCUACCCCCAAACCCCUCACCCGCACAUCUUCACCUCCCUCCGGCUGCACUGGUCAUCUACCCUUAGCGCUCUCUGGUCCGAUAACUUUUUGUCCUUCCGUGUAAAUUAUUCCUGGAUGUAGAUCGAGCUAAUAAAUGUUACACAAAAAAAAGGUAUUCUUGCAUGGUAAUCCAAAAUUGUAUACUGUAAAUUUACAUAACGUUGUCUAGAAGUACCAUAGGUUUUAACGCAGGGCUGAGCGUUUGUUCCUGCAGCCCUCCCGACCAGCUGAAGGCAGAUGGUGUUUAAAACAAAACAACAAUAAAAAGUAGGGCACUAAAAAGCGAUAAUUUAAGAGACGACAGUGUCUUUGUGUAAGAUUUAUUUUGUCUAUUUUUUUCUUCUUCUGUUUUUCAUCUCCUUUAAAGUUGUAGUCUGUUGGUGCCUAGCUGGCUUUGAGAAAUGAGGCAAUGAGAUGUCUGUGGGGGCGUUGUUGACCUAAUCUGUAGCUUUAUAGCAUCUCUUCUCAAGUGCAUACCAUUUCUCUUCAUGUGGCGCUAGGUCAAAUUUUAACAGCUGUGUGUAUAUAUAUAUAUAUAUUAUAUAUAUAAAUAUAUGCGUUUGUUUCAUACUGUCCUUGGACCUGGGGGCUCUAACAGCUUUUUACUCUUAGGUGGACCACAUAAAUCGCUGCUGGGAUUAAUAUUAAUAAUCUGUGGCUUCUUUAGUUGUUGAGCAAAGCUUUUGAGUAUUUUGGCUCAGUGCAGCACUUGAGCUCAAAGGUAACACCUUGAGGAUGAGGGUUUGCUCGCCUUUGUUGCCUGUUUUGAGCUGAGUUUAAUAAUUUUCUUCCUUUUUUUGUUUUUUAAACCACUCAGAGGAGUCGGUCGGUGCGAUGCAGGAAAAGUAUGUAAAGGUGCUCAGCUGCCCCAUGAUGCCACUAGAGGAUAUAAACGCAAAACCGACACAAAUCUAGAGAUAAACAAAGACAUAAAGACUGAUGAAUAGCUUAGCCCCCUGUUUCUCAUAUGAGAGUUUGAUAUGAAAUCUCAAAUUCAUGGGGAAAUUUAGCUUGUUCAUAUGAGUUUGGCAGACAUGUUUGCUUUGUUUUCUUUGGCAGAGCAAUGAGACGUGAAAGAGCUCUGCAGAUAAAUCCCCUAAGACCUAUCUUUCCUUAAACCUUCACAGACUGAAAGAGCAACCAUUCCUCUUACUGUUGGAUAAUAAAACAACUCUGAAAUCUUCUUCCCCAACUCUGUCCUCUUAAGAUGUUUCAUGACAAUGGAAGAUUAAAGACUUUGAAACAAGCAUAACUCUAGUUUUUGGUAAACCUGUCCAUUCCAUCUCUGUUCCUCUCCUAAUAAUCGAGCCACCGCUCUGAACUUCCUGCUACUUUUGGCGAGUUUCCCUCUCUGUCUGUGUGCUGGAUGUGUUGAUCUCUUGCCGAGUCCUCGCUGAAGUGGCCGAUGUGAGCCUUAUGUGACCUGUCCAUGUAGCGCCGCAGCAUGCGAAACCUGCAUCCGGAGGCAGAGCUGUCUGAACAGAUGCUUCACAGACCAAAUGAUUGAUCCAUAUAGUAACUUGAUGAAGUGUGCUGAUUUUCCCCUUUUUUUGGCACAUUUUCCAAACCGCUACUUUUUUAAAAUGACCAGCUUGUUGGGUUCAGACAGCUCUGUUUGGUUUGUAGAGAGGCUGGUUUGUUGUGUGUGAUGCUUUUUUUUUUUUUUUUUUUUCUCCCUUGUAUGCAGCUGGAUUGUGGCAGACUUAGGAGGCAAAUGUCUCUUUCAGGGAAUUUUACCCUUGAUGCUCUCUUGGAAAAUCCUAAUUAUUUUUCCCCCCUCUAAGCCGUUUUCUUUUAAAUGUUUGUGAAGAAUAAAACAGUUGAGGUUUGUUGUUCCAAUUGGCCAUUGUGUUAAGUUGUCGACCUAAAGCCAAAAAUUUACAAUUUUGUUCUGUACUAUCUGGUCAACCUGAG